AUGAUUCAUCAUAGAAGAGGAAGUCAACCGAAUAUUUUUCAGUGCAUUAUUUGUAAAAGUGGUACAGGAAAAGUUUUAAAUAUGAUUUUAAGUCCAUCAACAAACAAGUCGACCAGUAAUAUGAUUGAAACACUUUGUAUGGAAACAGGUCCAUUUAAUACUUCCUGUAGAAUGUUAGCAAGUGAACUUUCACAACAGGUCUUUUAUCUUUUCCGUCAUAUAGUACCACAAAAGUGGUGUGCUUUUCUCGGUUUCUGCUAUUACCCACCCAUUGUACCUGUUUGUAGAUGUUGUUUCAAUACUGUACAACUGAUAAAAUCAAUGUUAUUAUCGGAACCUUUUCUAUCAGAAUUAUACAAUAACACAUUAACUAUGUGUGAUAAAUUACCUAAAUUAUCUAUCAUAUGCAAUUCACUUCUACAUGAUAUUUUCAUGGCUGUAACCUUUAGCUUCAAUGAACAUUUUGCAGUGUAUCGACUUUGUAAGAAUGCUGGAUUUUGCUGA